AGGAGGGCGCGAAUAUAACGCGCGUGGAGUGCGGCACGGAGGCACUUGCGCGUUGAUACGAUCGCAGUUCGCCGCUUGCAUUUCAAGCCGCUGAUAUCAUGAAGCAAGAGCAGGUGCUGACCGUAGACAACAUGAACCAGCGGCUGCGGCGCAUGCGCUACGCCGUGCGCGGCCCCGUACUCGAGCGCGCGCUGCACAUCGAACACGAGCUUGAGAAGGGAGUGCCGAAACCGUUCGCGAGCGUGGUGCGCGCCAACAUCGGCGACUGCCACGCGCUCGGACAGAAACCCAUCACCUUCAUCAGACAGGUGCUGGCCGGCGCGGCGUGCCCGCAGCUGCUGGCCUCGCCCGCGCUGCCGCAGGACGUGCGGCAGCGCGUGGAGGCGAUCCUCGACGACUGCACGUGCCGGUCAGUGGGGGCGUACUCGCCGAGUGCGGGCCUGUGGAGCGUGCGGUGCGCCGCGGCGGAGUGGCUGGCGGCGCGCGACGGCGCCCCCGCCAGCGCACACGACAUCUAUCUCGGAUCGGGCGCUACCGACCUUAUCAAGGCACUCCUCACCAUGUUCCUAGAGGACGUGAAUGGAAAGCCUUCUGGUGUGAUGAUCCCGAUCCCGCAGUAUCCACUGUUCUCGGGCGCGCUGGCGGAACUGGGCCUGAAGCAGGUGGAUUACUACCUGGACGAAGAGCGAGGAUGGGCGCUCGAUGUGGCUGAGCUGCGCCGCGCUCUGUGCGAUGCCAGUGCCACUUGCCGCGUGCGCGCGCUCGUUGUCAUCAACCCCGGCAACCCAACCGGACAGGUGCUGACGCGGGAGAACAUGGAGCAGGUGGUGCGGUUCGCGCACGAGCACCGGCUGUUCCUGCUGGCGGACGAGGUGUACCAGGAGAACAUCAUCGCCAAGCCCUUCCACUCAUUCAAAAAGGUGAUGUACGAGAUGGGCGCGCCCUACUGCGACAUGGAGCUGGGCAGCGUGUUGACGUGCUCCAAGGGCUGGGCGGCGGAGUGCGGGCUGCGCGCCGGCCUGCUCGAGCUGGUUCGCGUACAGCCCGAUGUGGUGACCGCCUACCGCACUGCGCGCGCGCUCAUGCAGUGUCCCACCGUACUUGGCCAGGCCGCGCUGCUCUGCGUCAUGAAGCCGCCCGAACCCGGGGAUGCUUCGUACGAGCAGUUCGCGGCGGAGCGGCGUGACAUCAGGCGCGUGCUGCGCGAGCGCGCCGCCACCGCACAUCGUGCCUUCAACUCCAUCCCGGGCUACUCCUGCAACGCCAUCGAUGGAUCAAUGUUCGCGUUUCCGCGCUUUGAGAUCCCGGAAAGGGCGCAGCGGGCGGCGCACGCGCUGUCCAUCGCGCCCGACGAGUUCUACUGCCUGCGCCUCUUGGAGGAAACCGGGGUGUGCGUGGUGCCGGGGUCGGGGUUCGGUCAGCGGCCGGGCACGUACCACUUCCGCACCACCAUCCUGCACCCGCGCCACCAGCUGCAGCACAUGAUGGACUCCGUGCGACGCUUCCACGCCAACUUCCUGCACCAGCACUCUGAUACUACUCACACCGACACCGGCUGCUGAUAUCUUAUUUUCUUAUAAUAAUGUUAAAUUAAUAUUCAAUAUGUUUUAAUAAUAUUUAUAG